AUGAAAUUGCUAGUAGCUUUUGUUUUAUUCUUUUUAUCAAUCGUUGUAUUGUCGAAUCCAGUACCGAAGCCAAAUGAGGCUGUUGGAACAGCCGGGAAAGAAGAGGCUUCUGCUGCCAAGAUAGAGGAGAAGGAUUCAAAAAAAGUUGGCAAAGAAGAAGCGAAAGAAGAUAAGAAGCAUUCGAAACCAGAAGCAUUGAAGGAAACGAAGGAAAAUGAAGAAUCAAAAUCCGAACAUUCAAAAGAUGAAACGAAAGGAGAAAAAUCUGAGACGGCACCAGUAGAACUAUCACCCAAAGAUAGCGAAAAAGAGCCGACGAAAGAUGAAGCAAAAGAGGACAAAAAAAAUGAGACUGAAAAAUCCACAGAGCCAAAGAAACAGGAAAUUGAUGGAAGCGCUUCAGUAAUACCAAAAAAUGAUGGAAAAACUACUGAUGCAAUAAAAGAGAGCGAAAAGCCUACAGAAACAUCAAAAGAAGGUGAAAAAUCUACGGAAGAAGCGAAGAAAAGCAAAAAGCCCGCGGAAGCAUCAAAGGAGGGCGACAAGCCCACGGAAGCGUCAAAAGAGGGCGGUAAGCCUGCGGAAGCGCCAAAAGAUGAAAGUAAGCCUGAUGAGCCAGUAAAGGAAGAAAAAGAAGAUGAAAAGGAUAAAAAGUUAGCGGAAACAGCUAAAGAUGAAACUAAGAAGGAAACGGAAAAAACGGAGGAGUCGAAAACGGUGGGUGAAGCAAAAGAGGAAGUGAAGGAGGAUGAAGGUUCGGAAAAGCAAGAGAAAACGGAAACAUCAGUAAAGUCAAGUAAGCUAUCAGAUGAUCAGUUUUGA